AUGGACUUGUCGGCGCGCAAGCGACUGCGCGACCGUCGAGCGAAACAGGCGGCCCGCGUGCGCUUCUUGGCCGAGUACAACGCGCUGACGGACGCCGCUGCGGCCAUGCGACGCACGCUGCGGGGGCUUCAGUCGGGCCACCGGCCUCGCAGUUGUCUCCUGCCAUGGGAAGAGAUUAUGAAGGCACUCGCCGAUGCAACGCGGGACAGCAUCAUGACGAAUCGAACGUUGGCGGCCCACGUGGCCGACCACGGACACCGUGUCGAGCUCCUACGUGCAUGGGUGGUCCUUGGCACGUCGACGCUGGUCACGUGGCCGCGCGUACGGCUGCCAGCGGCGCCCCGCACAGUCCGCGCGUUGGCGCUCGAGUGGCUCGCCGAGCGUAUGCGGCACGCGACGGCCUAUAUGGUGUCCGAAGCGCGCUUCCCGACACCGGCUCGGACUUGGGUGCACACGACGCAGGACGUCCAUGGCCGCAUCACGGCCUUCCAGCACGUCGUAGCCGGGUCCCUCGACGACGCGGUGGCGGCGACCUGGACAACCCUCGUAUCGAUUGGUCCGCGCACGAUCGUGUCUACUUGCAAGAAUUCGACGACCGAGGUGACGUACUCGAUGCAGCAGGCUCGGACCCCCCAGCGCGAUGUCCACGCAUGCUUUGUCCAAGAAAGCAAGACCACCUUGGUACACUGUACCCUCCACGACUGCGACGAAAAGAACGCAGCAAGUGCGAGCCCCUACAUUCAAGAAUGGAUCGUGCUGACGUGUCUUUCGUCGACACACUGCGUCGUUCAAAGCGUGCAGUUGAGUCGCCCCGCCACGCGCCACGCGUCCAUGCUUGCAUUCGCAAGCCUCGAGCACCCGGACGUUUUGCCGACACUGCGGCGAGGCAGGAGCGAGCAUCUCGAGGCCGAGCUCCAGCAGCGACUGGGCGUCAAGGCGACCACUGCGGCACAGGAACGGUACUUGCGCAUCGAGUCGCUCUUGUGCGAGGCGCAAGCUCAGAGAUGCCGAUUGCUGCGACCGUGUGCCGACCCGUGA